GGGAUUUUCUCCUUUUAAGCAAAAUUUCAGCCACAAUUCGGUAGGAUUCGAGUUUUGGAGAGAGAGAAAGUGACGAGCAAGAGUUCCCAAGUGCCUUAGAUUGAUCUUCAACACCAUUGGAGGCCAGUUUGAGCUUGGAAAAGUGCCGAUCAACGUCCAGGAGCCGGAAUCCGUCCUUCGCAGUAUGAAUUCCGUGUCUGUUUCUGCUUUUGCUUUCUUCUCCAUGGAGUAGUUCUCCCAUUCAUCUGGGUAUGGAGAACCCUAGAUUUGUGUGUUAGGCUUUGAUUGUAUGAACCCAAGUACUGAUUCUAUGAUUGAUUAUAUUCGAUUGAGGUUUUAAUGAUUGAAUGACUUGAAUCCUGAUCAAAUUCCUGUUGUUUCUGCUUUAACCUAGAAUGAGAAUAUCUGCCUAGGUUAAUAGAGUAUCCUUGAUUGAAGGUAGGGAUUUGGUGACUUUAGUCGAGGAGCCAACUCACUAUUCUGUACCGGAUUUACUCCGGUCGUGGAGGUUUUGUUCUUAGGGCCUCAAUCUAUCUACUCCAGUGGAGGUUAGUCGCCCGCUAGAGAGUCAGAUUGAGAGGGUUUGAAGACCUUUAGUCGAGACUUCAGGCUGUUUAAGAACCUUCCGCAGUAUAACUGUCAUAGAAACUGAACUUGGUAAUUACAAUCCGGCUUAACUGCAGUCUAGGGGGAACCAUAUCCGGGUGACCUCUUUAACCUGAAUACGACAGUUUGCUUGCUUUGUUUGUUUGAUAGUUUAGACUUGCAUUCCAGUUUCAUUGCUAGAUAACAAGAAUUCACUGAGUAGUCAUCAAAUCUAGGACCCGGUUUGAUAAUUAAACCUAAACCCGGUAUACUACGCUUUAGGAAGUGGUUCCACUUGGCCAAUUCCUAGGGUGACAGUAGAAGUGAGUCAGUACACGAGCCUGUCGUGUACCCCUCUAUGCCUCUCGUUUUGCAUGACUCCCCUCUGACGCCUUCGCCGCCACUCCCUUCAACCUCACCUCCAUCUAAAAUGCUCAAGGAGGAGUGGCGGCCGAAGCCGCAGGUGGCUAAGCUUGCUCAGAAGAAAGGUGGAGACCACUAUGAGCUGGUCCCACCUCCUGCACCACGACCACCGUGGCCAUCCGAGUACUCACUCGCCUGCAUCUUGCCGGAUGGCCAGAUCGAGCUGACCAAUGCUGGUGGUCGCACCCGUCGGGUGCAUGGCCGCAAUCUGAAGCUAUACCUCAAGAGCGAUGUGGAUCCGCUCUUGGAGGCACCUGUUCUUGCACCCCUCUGAGUAUCCACCAUGGGCGUCCAGCUAAAAGACGGUAAAGAAGCGCUUGUGGGGAGGCAACCCCACCACGGUUUACAUUUAUUUCUAUUGUUUUGGGUGGGAUUGUAAACGGGUUUGGUUUUGGUUUGUUUUCUUUUGUUUUGGAUGAUGUACUAUUGGGCUGACCAUUGGACCUAACGUAUUUUGUUUGAGUUCUUCUGUUCCCUUUAGCUGUGCUUUGUUCCUGACUGGUCCCCUCUCCAGUCCGCUUCACUCAGACUGGUCCGCUUCCAGUCUCAUGCAGUCCAUGCACACCGGUAACAUCGUUCCCCUUAUCCUUCCCUCUUCUCCAUUGAGGGAAAUGUCGAUCUUAAGUGUGGGGGAUGUUUCUCUUUUGACUGCAUUAGAUUUGUUUGUGUGCUUGGAGCCUAAUCCACUGUCCAAAUUUUUAAAAUUUGAGGUCUCCAAGUAUGUGUUUCCUUGCAAAUUGCUUGCUCAGUAUGCUUUGAAUUGACCGUCUCUAUAGUAAUGUGUAACCUAGGGAGGUAGUGUAGCAGUAUGGAGGAUGUUGAAGUAUAAGAUUUUUCCUAUCUAGCCCUCUGCUGUGCCAGUUGAUUUUGUGAAUUAGUGGAGUUAAGACCGUUGAAUUCAUGUGAUAAUGGUGACUCUAUUUGGAUUGUGUUAUGGACUCGUGUAUCGAACAGGGUGCUCAUGUGAAAAAUGAAAUGCAGUUGGUCCUCCAUGUCAAAAUCAUUAAAUCUUAAACAUGGGGUAAUCCCAACGUGUGUGGCACCGUUCAUUGCACAAAAUCGGGUUUUGGAAGAGAUUUUAGUGAUCCUUAGUGGGGUACUCCUACAAGGUGAAGCUAAGCUGUCUCUAGUACAAGUAAAACUUCCACCCGUUGAACGGUUUGCCUACUCGAGGGUGUGUUUUUAAGGGCACGGAUAGAGCAUUCGACCCCCUUAAUUUCAUUGACCCUCCACUCGAGUUGAGGAAAAGGAGUUAAAAGAAGUACUCUGGCGAGCGCCAGAUGUACAGAAAUUUCUCUUGCUCGACUAAUAAGGGUCGACCGUGCAAAAGACUGCAAUUAGAACCCCGCCAAAUGAAAGAAAAUGGAAAAAAUGUGUAAAGGAAAUUGAGAAAAAGGGGUUCCAACGGUGAAAGGAAGUGAAAGAGCACCCCGGUACCACGAGUCCUUGGUUGUGAAUGGUGUGAGUCCCUUUAUCCAUGAACUGACUGUCUUACUUCCACUUCUUCUCAUGAUCCUAGUUUGAGUCUAGUACUCGCAUUGAGAGAGAUAGGGAACGUCUUAGAAGACCAGUUGACCUCGUAAGCUGAUAUAUGAUCUAGAAAAUCCUCUACCGACGAUCGGGGUUGUUUGCUGCUAUAGAGGUCUGGAGAGUUGCAUUGGUUUGAGUUAGGUUUGCUUGGGGACAAGCAAACGGUUAAGUGUGGGGGAGUUUGAUAGACCAUUGAUUACACAUGUUUUUACCCCUAUUCUUGAGUCGUUUGAGAUGUCGAUUGUCGCGUUUUAGGCCGAUUUCACGCUAGGUUGUUCUUGUUUGGGAUAUUUCAGGUCCUAGUACGUGAAUGAAGGCUUGGGAACGAGUUCGAGGUCGAUUGGACGAAGAUUGGACAUUUGGUGAGAAGCUGAUCGAGCCACACGGGCACGCCUAAAAACCUACACGGCCGUGUGACAUCAAAUUGCACGGGCAAAAUCACACGGGCCGUGUAGGGGACCCCUUGUGGUCGUGUGGAAAUUCCAGGGAACUCACACCGGCAUCUUGGAAAUCCAGACGGCCGUGUGGGUCUGGCCGUGUAGGAAGCCUGAAGUCACUUAACGAAACGCCGCAUUGUGCAACUCACACGGGCAGCUGGGGAAGUCACACGGUCGUGUGGCCUGGCUGUGUGACGCGGGAAUUUCUGGGUUUUAACCCAAUUUCCAGCCAAAGAAGGGGGGUUCCGAGUUUCAAAGUGAAAAAGCGAUACCUAGAGAGAGAAAGUGACGAACCUGACUCUCAAGUGUCAUAGAUCGAUCUCCAUCACCAUUGGAGCCCGACUUGAGCUUGGAGAAGACCUGAUUGAGUGCCAGAAGCAGAUUAUCAUCCUUCACAGUAUAGUUUCUGCAUAUGAGCUAGAUUUUCCAUCUCUCUCUAUGGAGUAACUUUCUUAUUCACCUGGGUAUGAAGAACCCUAGAUUUGUAUGUUAGGUCUGAUUGUAUGAACCCAAGUACAGAUUCAUUGAUAUGAUUAUGUUCAAUUGAGGUUUGAUUUGUUGAAUGGCAUGAAUCCUGAUCAAAUUCCUGUUGUUUCUGCUUUAACCUAGAAAGAGAAUAUCUGCCUAGGUUGAUAGAGCACCCUUGAUUGAAGGUAGUGGAUUGACGACUUUAGUCGAGAAGUCAAUUCACUAUUCUGUACCGAAUUCACUUCGGUAGUGGAGGUUUGGUUCGUUAGGGCCUCAUUCUGUUUACUCCGGUGGAGGUUAGUCGCCCUCUGGAGACUCGGAUUGAGAGGGUCUGGAGACCUUUAGUCGAGACUUCAGACUGUUUAAGAACCUCCUACAGUAUAACUAUCAUUGAACUUGAACUUGGUAAAUUACACUCCGGCUUAACUGCAGUCUAGUGGGAACCAUAUCCGGGUGACCUCUCUCGACUUGAAAACAACCUUUUUACUUGUUUUGCUUGUUUGCUUAUUUUUGGACCUUCACUAAAAGUUCACUGCUAAAUAAUAACUCACGGAGUAGUCAUCACAUAUAGGACCCGGGUUGACAUUAAAACCCAAACCCGCUAUACUACGCUUUAGGAGGUGGUUACACUUGGCCAUUUUCUACAGUGACAGUAGGAGCGAGUCAAACAGCGUCCUCAUUGGACCAAACAAGGAGUAUGGAGAAUGUAGAACGAACUUACUACAUUGCCAAAAUUCAUGCAAAUCGGCUAGUUUCUUUUGACGAUUGGUUUUUCGAACAACGAAAAAAGUGUAAAAUGGAGAGAGAAAGUGUGCCACUCCUCCUAUACGGCAUAACCUAAGAGGUUCAGCUAAGUGGCUCUCUUGAGGUAAUCCAACUCAUGAAUGAGUGAAGAACCUUCAAUGCUAGGAAACAUGCUAAAACCAAGGCCAUAGUGGCAUUGAAAUCGUGAUGUCAUAAGCAACAGACACUUAUAUGACUAAUAAUUGAGUCUCUUCAUUAUCACGUAAGUGUGAAAAUCACAAUGAAUCGUCAUGCAAUAGUGUACGAAGGCGCAAUGGAGACACCCUCACUCCCCCUUAAGAAGAAAAGUGAUUGCCAAGGGCUUACCAAGGCACCGAUCAUGUAUCAUCAUGAGGCGGUCUUGCAUAGAGUGUCAUUAGAUGAAUACCAAUUGUUCAACCCACACUUUAGUUCUUUCCAUGCCAAAGAUACGUAGGAUCUUAGACAUGGGAAUCAAAACCAAUAUUGAGCUAGACAUUCAUGCAUGCUUGUUAUGUUUCAUGGCAGAAGUAGAGGCCACCCUACCUCGAUCCAGGUACACAAACCAAACAUCUACUCCACCAAGCAACUAUUCAUCGUUCACAUCCUCCAAUCGCAACUCCAUCACAACGCAUACAAAUGAAAGCAAGCUCUAAAGAUAUAACAAGGGAAGAAUAAGAGCUAAACCCUCAAAAGUAUACGUCGAAUGGACAUAUGAAGCUCAAAGGUCCGAAAUGCAGGAAAACACAUGGAACCACUCAUGCAUUCACAAGGAUUAGAAUGAAGGACAUUAGGAGAAGAGGACACAAAGAAGAGUGAUACGAGGUGGUUCGCAAGGGUAAAAAUCCGACAAUGGUUGUAGAGUAAUAAAACGAAGGCUUUGCAAUGGUCGACAUAGGACGAUAAUAGGCAAGCAUUCGUGAUCACAUAUGGAGGUAAAUGAAAGGAGGAUGAAAAAAUGGUGUAGCAAAACGUUCCCCACAUUAAAAUCCAACAUUAAGACGAGUAUGGUUUAAGGUUGGCGGGUAUGGUUUUGCUAUAAGACUACUUCCACUCCUAAAAGACAACAACCACUCAUUAUUUUGAAGUGCAUAUCGAUAUGGUAUGAGGUCUUAGGAUUACCUUCACUCACGGAAGUAGUUAAUGGUACCAUUUUUUCCCUAGCAUGGAAUUCUAACUCCUUUUUCAUGUCAAAUGGAAGGGUCGAGUCGACACCUUCCCCAUAGUCGGGCAUAGGAGCCUCCAAUGAGUCACAAUCUGAUUCUACAAAGGUAGAUCUUGAUUGUUUAUCAUAUUCUUCCUACUUGGCUUCUGGAUUAAUCAAUUGUACAAUGUGCU